AUGGUGUUAAGACAAGAUAGCGCAAUGGCUGUAAUGGUUGCAAGUUUGGCCAGAAAGGUGUUUGCCGCAUUUGGUCCGGCUAAGCUUGAGCAGUACAGGCCACUGUUGGCCUGCACAACGAUUGGUAGUGAAAUGUCGAUUCAUUAUACUAGUGAAGUUAACUUCCAACUCGGGUCAAUUGGUGUCGAAGAAGUCGACUGUAAUAAUUUAAAUCUAAGCUACGUACGGGUAAAUAGUCCAAAACUGGUUUCAUACGUACAUGGAGAGCUGGACUCAUUCAUCCGAGACAUCCGGCUUUCCAUUGAAGGUGUUGCUAUACCGCAAUUCUAUUCUCCGCCGCCCGUGACUCUGCUCAGUUAUUGUGGUGCUCCACUGUUGCGUGCAAAAAUUGAUCUGGAAUUCUAUCAAAAGAAGAAAAGAUCAUGGCCUUUGCCGGAUUAUCAAAUUCCGUGGGAAAUUUGGCAGUUGCAGCUUGCUAUUGUGCGAAUUAAGGAAAGAGAGUACUGGGAGCGAAUGCGCGAAGAGCUGGCGGACUCAGUGUCUGAAGUUGUGCUGAAAACAUGCUCGCUGAUCAAUCGACCACAGUUCGUACCACAAAUGCCGACACGCUCAGAUGUUGCAAACGUUUUCGAUACGACGUAUCCUGAAUGCCAGCCGUAUCUUAUGCGAAUCGUCAGGCAUCCACAUGACACGAGUAUUUCUUACUCUUCAUUCUUUAUAAACUUUUUGAGGCGCAAAAAAGGACAAGGCGAGCCUUUUCUUUUUGGUGUUUUUAUGCAGCAUUUUGCAACCGAUCACAUGUCCAGUUUUUCAGGUAAAAACUCGGAGAAUACUCUAAUGACAGUUGGCGCAUCAGCGGUCAAAAAAAUGCUGAGAGAUACAUUCUUAUCGUAA